AUGAUACUCUUUCUUAUCGGAUUAAUUUUUGUGAGUACUUGUCAAUCACACAUAAUUCUACAACGAGCAACUUGCUCAUGGCCUGGACAUUGUGCUGGUGCUUCAUGUAGAACUGAAAAUGACUGUGAUGGAUCAUUGGUUUGUGUGAACGGAAAAUGUGGUAUUAAGUCUUCUGGAACCUGUUUACCUUCAGGUGUAUUGAAAGGCAAAAGUACCAACUGCAACACAGAAAAUGGAUCCGAGUGCUGUAAGAAAGGAAAAUCUUAUAAGCAAUAUAAAUGCUCUCCUAAAUCAACUAGCUCAGCUAUACUCACAUUAAACAGUUUCCGAAAAGGUGGUGAUGGUGGUGGUGGAGGUGCAUGUUAUGGACGUUUUUAUCCCGAUACGCAGCGCGUUGUCGCUUUAUCAACAGGAUGGUACAAUAAGGGAUCGCGAUGCGGGAAACAAAUUACCAUUCAUGGCAAUGGCAGGACGACAACAGCUCUAGUCGUUGAUGAAUGCGACUCGGUACAUGGAUGUGAUGCAGUACAUGCGGGACAACCACCGUGUCGUUACAAUAUUGUUGAUGGGUCUCCAGCUGUCUGGAAGAAACUAGGUGUAUCCAAGAACGACCCACGAUAUGGAGAGAUGGCUAUUUCAUGGAGCGGCUAG